GAGAGAGAGAGAAGGAGGGAGAGGGAAGAUGAGAGACGGAGAGAGGUGCACACGGACAGAAAGCCAGCGGGCUGUAUAGCCUCACGGAAAACGUUCAAUAGAUGAGAUCCGCUGCGGUGAUCCGAAAUGCUCUCAUUCAGCGCAGAGGAAUAUGAUAAGGCACCGGAACAGGACGGGAGAUGAGAUUCGCACAGUUUCGGAGACCCUCUUCUUCCUGUGAUCUCGCCUGCGAGCCUUCGGGGUUGUACGGGACACGGGGCGCACAGCUCGGAGCCGCUCCAGCUCCACUGUGGAUUGAAGCAAAUUGAGAUCUUUCUGUUCUGUCCCCCUUUUUUUUGUUUUUUAUUUAAACUUAAAUCUGCCGGAAUUCUGGUAAAGGUGGUCUUCACCAUGAGGGCUCUGUCGGCAAACUUGUUCGCUCUGCUCUUCCUGUGCGCCCUCGCAAGUGUUUUCUACGUCUGGAGCGCACUGGAGAGCCGUUUGGAGCGGCACAAACGGAGGGUCUUGAUGCCGGGUGGAGGGUCUUUUCACCAGGGUCUCCCGGUGGACCUCUCCGCUAAAACUUUCCGGACAUUACUGGCUGUCCCAGCGGCACAAAGACCUCGCUUGGGGGGCAGGCUUGAGGCUCAAAACCUCACUGAUCAACCUGCCUCUGCGGGAAGUCGAGAUUACCAUGUGAAUGGGGAUAACAAGAGGUCAACGCGGCGGGAGGGCCCGGUCAAGUUGGGCUCCCCAGUGGAGGACGGGGUGUUUUGGAGCGAAUGGCUGGAAGACCUCCUCCCUGUGGGCUUCACGGAGGAAUAUGCACGGGCUUGGAGAAGCAGAGCGAGGACGUACCGGGUGGUGAAGCUGGAGCCUGGAUGCGGCAGGAUAUCCAAUCAGCUCGCCACUUUCGCAGACGGGACCAAAGCGUGCGUGCGUUACGGGAUAAACGCGGACCAGGUGCAGGGAGAAACUUUGACGUAUUACCUCGCCGGUUUGCUCGGCAUCACGAAUCUGCCUCCUCUCGUGCUGUCCCAGCUGAGCGGUGACAGCGAGCAGUGGGCGGCUGUGAGGACGCGGAUAGAUGGUUUACAGUGGAGCGACCGCGCCGUGGUGUCUCUCACCGAGUGGAUCUCCAACCUGACCGGGGUGGUCACACCUGCGCCGCUCAGGCAGGAGAGCGGGGGGCUCCAUCCUGCGCUGGAGGAGCUCCGGAACAAGACGACGGCCGAGCUGCUGGAGCUGAUGCAGUGGAGCGACCUGAUCAUACUCGACUACCUGACCGCAAACUUCGACAGACUCGUCAGCAAUCUGUUCAGUCUGCAGUGGGACUCGCGCGUGAUGGAGAGGGACACCAACAACCUCCUGAAAACACCCCACGGUGACCUUGUGUUCAUAGACAACGAAGCGGGACUCGUGCACGGGUUUCGGGUGUUGAACAUGUGGGAGAAAUAUCACAACACGGUCCUGGACUCCGUGUGUGUGUUCAGGAAAAGGACCACGCAGCGCGUGGCGGAGCUGCACAGGCGCAGAGACUCCAGGCAGAGGCUGCUGGAGCUCUACAGAGACAGCGAGCCUUUGUCUCAGGAAUUAGGAUUUCUCUCAGAUGAGCACGCCGGUGUUCUCCAGGACAGGAUAGACAGAUUAUACAAACACAUUUUGCAUUGCAAAGGAAAGUACGGCCAGCUGUGAGCAUUCAGCGCGCACAGGUGAUGGAUUUGUUGUCUGCACAGUAUAAUGAGCUUUGCAAACGCGAUUGGCACACCUGUGCUAAACUGAUGCGCAUUACACAAAACUGUCUCGAGUAUCCAGCUGAACUACCUCUUGUGAAUAGAAUGUGUUGCCUACUUUAUAAAUAAGUAAAUUUGACACAUGUUUAUAAGCUCCCUGCUGAGAUUUUCACUGUAUGCCUCACUGAGAGGGGAAAAAAAUUAAGGUCAGUUUAUCCUGUCUUACUUCACUCCACUGAUGCUCACCUGAAUAUGAAUAAAUGUCCAGAGUAGGCUUUAUUUGUGACUAUAGGGGUACCAUAAUGCAGCCUUUUUCUGUGUUUGGAUUCUUGCCUUGUGUUCAGUAAUCCCAAUGAUAAACUCCUAAGCCUUAACAUAAGUUGACUCUAGAAUACUGUACUUCUGUUGACAUCUGGCUCGCUUUUUAUAGGAAAUCAUUUGCACACAUCGUCACAGCCAGCAUCUGCACUCUUGUAAUUGUGUUUGGAUUGCAUAUUCAGCCUUAAAUACACAGAUGUAUCAUGUGCAUUUUGGUAAGCAAAGUUGUAAAUAUUGUCCUGGCAAACCUGUUUGGCAAAUUUGACGCCAGACUAAUUUAAUGUGCAUUGUAACAUUCCAAAAAUCUCUUGUCCUUUUUUUGAUAAAUACACUGUAAUUUAACUUAA